UAAAGUUGAAGCUGGGAGGAUCUCAGGAAUUCACAUUGUGCCCUGGUGAGGACAAUUCCUUGGGAUCAGAUGUGUUCAAUAAAUUGUGCGCGAGCCGUUGAUUUUUGACGACUGUUGGGAUUUUUUUUUCGACUCAUUGGUUAUGGCGAAGAUGCUGGCGAAAUACAUGAUUCCGAUAUUACUCUGUUGGCCGGCAUGUGUGCUAGGCCUCCAGAAAAAAACCGAGGAAAUGCUUGACCAACUGGCAUUACCCUCGAAAACAUCGUCCGGAUCGCCUCCCCGCGGCGGUACCGUAUCAAAAAUUCAAGUGUCAACUAGUUCAUCAGUCGAUCUUACCCCCGUAUACUACCAAAACUCCAACGGAUUCAUUCCGAUGAUCAAUUACGAUUCCCCAAACCCCAUGGAAUCCCCGGCUCAUCAAUCGCCAAUGAAGAAUGAAUCACAGAGUCCAUGGACGAACAAUCCCGUCUUCUCCCCAGAAGCUCGUCUGCUCCUGACUCUUCCCAAUUCCCGUCUCGACAGACGAUCAUUCCAGGAAGCCCAGAACGACUUCGAAAUCCUGAAAGUCAACAACGACACCCCCGCCAUAGCGAACUAUCACGAAUUCUACGAGAAUCUUCAGCGGAAUUUGCAGACAAUCACCAAAGACACCAGCAAAUUCAUCAGCAAGCCCUCAGCCAUGCGCACGAGGGAUCGCAUAAGACUCAUCGACGACUACUUCAACAAUGACCUUGACACACGAUACGGAAGAGCGCACAAUCGUCGCUAUCCGCAAAAUCCGGAGGUGGAUGUUAUGAACAAGCCGUCAGUCUUCGAACCGGAGAAAGUGCAGAGUAAUUAUCCGCAAUAUGGAGCGUCUAACUAUGGCCUGUUCGGUUACCCUCCAGUGCCUCCGAAAGUAUCGAACCCUGGAAUGUUGAGUUUCGACUCUCAUACAUCAAUGAUAAGAAAUGACAAGAAGAUGACAAUCCCCAAGAACCGUCAUCAGCCCUCGAAGCCAGUGGUGAUAGCCGAACCAUCUGACUAUCACCAGACCAUCGGUGAAGUAUCCACCCCACACCCUUACGUCCACCCGAAGUACGAGAAGAGUGCCUCCGAAGACAGAUACGACAGAAAAGAGGAUUAUUCGGACAGCAGCGACUACCUGGAGAUAACCGAGCGUCCUAAACGGAUCCACAAGAGCCGACGAAGACCAGAGAACUCGAGGCGACCAGUGGACACGAGGGACCGCGACACUGACGAACCGAAAAAGAUCAGCGGACGGACAAAAUCCCGAGGACGUGUGAAAACCAAUUAUUGGCAUGACGAGGAUAACGAGCACCGCGACGAUCUGCCAGAUGAUCAGACAUCCCAGAAGACGUACCCAAACCCGCCGAGCCCAGACCCACCCGUAAAUCCCCAGAGCACAAAUGAGCCAAACGUUUGGAAUCAAGUCGCCCCGAACGUAGAGCUGUCUCAAUCCAGCGGUUACGAAAUCAAUCAACUGGAGAAUCCGAACCUCCUGGUUCCGAUAAACGUAAAUCUAGUCCCGAUCUCGAACUUCCCCGUCUCUAACGCCGGUAUAUCAAGUGUGAUAACAGCCACUCCGAUCAUCAGUAGUACAGCUUCGCCUAUGAUCAGCACAAGUGCAUCGAUGCUCCUCCCGAAGCUCUCGCCCAAUCCAGUGAAGACUUACGGAUAUUCCACUCCAGUUCCGGACGUCAUCGUGGGACAAAACACACUCCACAGUCCAGUCCAGGCGGUUCUGCUACCGCAGAUGAACAAAUACUCUCAAAACGGGAAGCCCCAGUACCUGGGGAGCACAGUAGCACCGAUGUUCACGAUCUCUCAGCAAUUUUCCCCAACUAUUCGUGCUGUUCACAGCACUCAGUCACCAAAAAUAACAGCUCUGGGGAAUGCCUAUGGACCGCAGGUGUUUCUGCCUCAAUCAACGAUGCAGACCUUGCUCCAGACACCCAUGAACUCCGGCAACUAUAAUUUCGUAGUUAAUCGGGGUCAGGAUCAGACGCAGGCGAACAGUCUGAAGUACGGGAGCGACAGUUCCGACAAGAGGAAUCAAUAUCAGGGAGAAAACGCUCACAUCCUGACGUCUGCGAGCUACUCCGUCAGCCCAGACAGCGGUAGUCGCGACAAUAUCAACAACAUCAGGAAUGAUAACAAUGAUAAUGACAGGUACCGACAGACGUCAAGUAACGUAGGGGAUAGAGGACCUGUUGGGAAUCCGAAUAAUUCCCAGAAGCCCCAGAUCCAGGGAAAUUUGUAUCCAGUCAUCAGGGGAGCUCAGGUCGUCCCGGCGAUUAUUCACGCAGCCCAUGGAAUCUCCGGAGUGGACCUACUUCAGAAUCAUGGACAUCAGUCGCAGCCGUCAAUUGUCCAACCCGCGUACAUCGCGCAGAUUCCCAAAGCCUCCAAUCAGCUGAUGCAUGCGAAUAUUUUUGACAACAACUGGAGACUUCAGCAGGUGCAGGUUAACGAUGUGAAUAAAAAUCGGUACCAGAGUGUUUAUGGGGUUGACAGCCUUGGCAGUACGACUAACAACAACGUGAAUACAGCGAAUAAUGUUAAAAAUGGGAAUGGUUACAUGGACCAAGCUCAUCUACCAAAUGUUGGUACCCAAACGGUGGAAAUAAGAAAUCCGAAUAUCAAUAUAAAACCGAGUCCUAUCGACUUGACAAUGGUGAAUCCAGUGGAGACCGUCAAUCAUUAUGCGACAGCUGUUCUGACGACUCCUAUUCCCAUACUGAGUACAACAGCUGGCUUUCUGACCCCCCGGCCAAUUAUGACAAGCACACCAGAAUCGAUCAGCAUUCAGAGCUACGUUGAUUCACUGACCCAGAUCGGAUCACAGAAUACUCAGGGAAAUCAACCGAAUGUCUUCAAUCCCCUGAAUUUCAUACCAAAUUGGGACCUCAUCAAGAGCCAAACAAUGCUCAACAAUAAGGUACACCUACCUCGGCCCCUACCCCAUCAGCUGAAUCUGGUUCCAGUGGUGCCAGGGGGCAAUUUUGACAAACAUUCGCCAGUGGCCCAGGUAGACCUCAUUAACAAACCGAAGCUCAGUUCGGAUCUUGAGAAGUACGCCGAGGAGAUGUUCAGAGAGUCCUUACGAACAAUUUACAAUACUCACAAGUGGAACACAGACAAACGAGUGAGAAAUUUGACAGAUACAGAUAUCGCAGAGCUGGAGAGAUUGAAGAGUGAUUUGAGUAGAUUCAAGGCAGCUAUGAUUGGUGGAAAUGGUGGAAAGGAUUUGCUGGAGGCUCAUCACUCCGAGACGAAGUUCCGAGCAGUAGAGCCGGGUAAAAAUUCUGGAUUAUCAACAGCUGUCAUAGAGCAACUGUUCAAAUCAGAUUUUAAAAUAAACGGACUACUGGAAGGUUCUUCCCAGGAUGGUAAGCACAAUCGAGGGCGGGAGAAAACGAGGAUAAGUGACUAUUUGACCCCUCCCAAAGUCGGUUCAUACACUUCUAAAACUCCCUUCGUUGAUAAUAUCAGCAAAAAGCGUCCGGGCAAGGGUCCAAGAUACGAGGGUAUUAAGUCAAGACCACACUCAAAGACAAACACUAGGCCAGUCUCUCCGGAUACUUCCGCCAGUAAUCAUGUGAUAUAUUCUCACCGAAGGCCAUCUCAUGAUCGGAGUAAUUCGCCGAAGGGAUAUAAAAAAAGUAUGAAGCUUGAGGAUUACCCGAGUCUUACAACGGCAUUUCCCGAUAUAAUCAGAGGUUCGGGUGAUCAUGAUAAAUCGCUGGGAAAGGAGUAUUUUGACAUCAAUCAUCCCAGGAUGCACAACUUGCUUGGUCUGUUGAUGAAGAAUAAACAGCUGCCCAGCAAUGGACGUGCCAAUUAUUUUUUGGAUGAGCAGGAGAAUAAACGGUACGCGGAUGACGAGAGGCCUUAUCAGACGGAGGGACAGUUUUAUGAUGAUUCAGGCAAUUUCCGGAAGAAGUCAGACUCCUUUGGAGAUAUUCCUCACACACUAAAUCCACCAAAACUUGAAAACUUUCAUCGAUAAAUGACGCGGUUUUGAUUAAACGCAGUGAAUUUUUUUCGAAUGAAAAAUGAUUGCUAAUAGCACGUUAUAGAUAUAUGAGAAUAAUUUAUAUUCAAUUUUUUUAUUUUGCCAAAGCAUAGAGGGAUUGCUAAAUUGAAUAAAUUCGCUGAAUUAACGAGCUUCA